AUUCCACUUGUUUUACCGAAGCAAAUUAUAUUUGAUGUUUUUUUUUAUGACAAUCGUGAUCACAUAGACCAAGAUGGCUUCUGAUGAUACUUUCUCUAAUUGAUGUGUGAAAGUACUUGCUCAAAACUACAUUAUGCCUAGCAGAUCCUACAGACGCCGAUCUCGCAGUCGGUCUCACGAGCGAAGACACCGCAGUCGUUCCCGGAGCCCUGACAGGUCUCGCCGUUCUCGAAGGUCAAGAUCUCGUGAGAGAAAACGUUCGCACAGUCGUGACAGAGACCGAAGGAGCCGAUCUCGAGAUAGAUAUGCUCGUCGCUCUAGGCCUUCGUCAAGAGAAAGAAGGAGAGAGAAGCAUUCUCCCAGAAAGAGGUCGUCAUCAAGAAAUCGAAGCCGUUCUCGCUCCAAGUCUCUCCCUAAAGCAGCUCCUAGUCGUUCCCCAAGUGUUGAGAAGAUUAGUCCAAAGGAAACAGAAGUGAAAGUAAAAGAAGAACCUGUGGACAAGGGAGGAAAAGUUGAUCCCAUAGUCUAUGGAAACCCUUCGGGGUUGGGAGGACCGGAGGGUCAGGAGGAAGAACAGAAACGUUUGGAACUGGAGAUGCAAAAACGGCGAGAACGAAUCGAGAAAUGGCGUGCUGAAAGGAAAAAGAAACAAGAACUGAUUCCAAUCAACAUUGCACUACCAUCGAAGAAAUGGAGUCUUGAAGAUGACGAUGAUGAUGAUGAAGAAGAAGAGAAGAAAGAUAUCAAUGGAGCUAAUGACGAAAUAGAUCCUCUUGAUGCCUAUAUGAUGAGUGUCAACGAAGAAGUUAAACAAAUCCGAGACAAGAACAGUGACAAGACUCAAGAUAAUGCUCCCAAAGCUGAAAGUGGGCCAAGUGUCAACAAUGCCCAGAAUAAAGUGACUAUGAUUAAAGCUGUUGUGAAAAAGAAAGAAGAUACCAGUAAACUGAAAGGGGAACUCAUGGAGAAUAAUGUUGAUGCAAUGGAGUAUUCCUCAGAGGAAGAAGAAGAAGACCUUGAUGUUACAAUGGCUGGAAUGGUGAAAAAGAAGAAAGAACUAACAUUGGUGGAUCACACAAGAAUAUAUUAUGCACCGUUCAGAAAGAAUUUUUACGUUGAAGUGCCAGAAAUAGCAAGAAUGACUCAAGUUGAAGUGGAAGAGUUGCGUCUUGACUUAGAAGGAAUUAAAGUCCACGGAAAAGGAUGCCCGAAAACAAUCCGUACAUGGGCACAGUGUGGAGUUAGUAAGAAAAUUAUGGAUGCAUUAAAAAAACAUGGUUAUGAGAAACCAACACCAAUCCAAGCUCAGGCUAUCCCUGCAAUCAUGUCUGGAAGAGAUCUAAUUGGAAUUGCCAAGACAGGCAGCGGUAAAACAGUGGCAUUCCUGUUGCCAAUGUUCAGGCACAUCAUGGAUCAGGGACCCCUUGAGGAAGGUGAUGGGCCUAUAUCUGUGAUUAUGACUCCCACUCGAGAGCUGGCCAUGCAGAUUACAUCUGAAUGUCGAAAGUUUACCAAAUCAUUAGGGCUGCGUGCUGUGUGUGUGUAUGGUGGUACUGGUAUCUCUGAACAGAUUGCAGAACUUAAGAGAGGAUGCGAAAUCAUUGUGUGUACUCCUGGAAGAAUGAUUGAUAUGUUAGCAGCUAACAACGGUCGUGUAACGAAUCUCCGCCGGUGUACCUAUGUAGUCCUUGAUGAAGCAGACCGUAUGUUCGAUAUGGGCUUUGAACCACAGGUGAUGAGGAUUGUGGAUAACAUUCGACCAGAUCGCCAGCUUGUUAUGUUCUCAGCUACAUUUCCCCGACAAAUGGAGGCACUGGCCCGGCACAUCCUCACAAAACCUAUUGAAGUACAAGUUGGAGGUCGUAGUGUUGUAUGUAAAGACGUUGAACAACAUGUUAUACUUUUAGAUGAAGAUCAGAAAUUUUUCAAGCUACUCGAACUGCUGGGUAUAUACCAGGAACUUGGCAGUGUACUGGUGUUUGUCGACAAACAGGAACAUGCUGACGAAGUGAUGAAAGAACUUCUGAAACAUGCCUACCCUUGCAUGUCAUUACAUGGUGGAAUCGACCAAUAUGAUCGAGACAGUACCAUUCUUGACUUCAAAAAUGGAACAAUCAAGUUGUUGGUUGCUACCUCUGUUGCUGCCAGGGGUUUAGAUGUGAAACAUUUAAUUUUGGUUAUCAACUACGACUGUCCAAAUCACUAUGAAGAUUAUGUUCAUCGCUGUGGGCGUACAGGCCGUGCUGGAAACAAAGGGUUUGCUUUUACUUUCAUAACACCAGAUCAAGAAAAAUAUUCCAUAGACAUUAUCAAAGCAUUAGAACUUUCCGGAGCUCCAGUACCACCUGAUCUGGAGAAAAUGUGGAAUGAUUACAAAGAAAGAGCUAAAGCAGCUGGGAAGAUUAUAAAAAGCUCCAGUGGUUUUAAAGGCAAGGGUUUCAAGUUUGACGAAAGUGAAGCUCAGUUGGCCGAUGACCGCAAGAAACAACAGAAAGCUGCCCUUGGCUUACAAGACUCUGAUGAAGAAGAUGCUGGCUUUGAUAUUGAGCAGCAUAUCGAAGACAUGUUUGCCAGCCGUAAGAAAGUCACUGAUGUCACCAAACCUGUCGUACCAGUCCCAAUGCAGCAACAGCAACAACAACAGCAGCAACAGGCCAGUCAGACGAACGUCACUAACCAACAGAAGCUAGAGUUGGCUAAACGUGUAGCCGCAAGGAUCAACAUAGCCAAGAAACUGGGACCAGAAUCACAAGAUAUUAUUCAACAAGCUGCCUCUGCCAUCCUGAAAGGAGGCGGAGUUUCUGCACCUCAGGUUGCUUCAAAGACAAUUGCCGAGCAGACAGCUGAGAAGAUCAAUGCUAAGCUUGGCUACCGACCAGCAGCUGAGGAAGAGAAAGAGGGACAAGAACAAAGCACGGAGACAUUCAAGCGCUAUGAAGAGGAACUGGAAAUAAAUGAUUUCCCACAGACAGCACGUUGGAAGGUCACAUCAAAGGAAGCUCUUGCCCAAAUCUGUGAAUAUUCUGAAGCAGGUAUAACGGUGAGAGGAACCUUCAUCCCAACUGGAAAAGAACCCAAAGAAGGAGAACGUAAACUCUACCUGGCUAUUGAGGCUACUAAUGAACUAGCUGUACAGAAAGCCAAGAAGGAGAUCACUCGAUUAAUUAAAGAUGAAUUGGUCAGAUUGCAAAACUCAUACCAACCAACAAGUAAAGGCCGAUAUAAAGUACUGUAAUUUGUUCCAACCAAACUGUUCAACAAGCCUUUAUAAAAUGAGUACAAAUAUUUCAGCGCAAACAGACUAUAGACUUUAUGAAGAAUGGAAAAACAACUUCCUAAAUGAAAUAAAUAACCACGGUUUUCCUUUCCAUUUUUCUUCAUUUCACAUCAUGCAUCCUUGAAAUAAAAUCUCAUACUAGGAAAGAAGAAAAAAUUUAAAAGAUUUUAAAUUAAAGGCAAUGCCUUAAUAAAACCAACCAGUUCUUGUUUAUUUGUCAAAUUCUUUUUUUUUUUUGCCCCCCUUUCCCUCUUUUAAUUCUGUCCCCUUCUAAAAUUGUUGAGUUAGUAAAACAUUUGAGAUGACAGGUUUUAUUUUUCCUGUCAUUUAAUCGAAAUUUUUGUCUACCUUUUAUUUAAUUCUUGUCACAUAAUUUGGUGCAACAACUUACUUUUCAAACCUAAAGUUAAUUCCCCAUUUCACUUUUAGAUAGCAAUAUGAACUCUUUAAAUUAUUUUCUAUUAUCACAUUUAUAAUUUAAAUUGUAGUUUGCCUUGUAAAUAACAGAAAAAUAUACUGAGGGUUGUUUGUGAAUAUUAAAAAAAAUGUUUAUUUUUAUGUAUAGCUACCAGUAGAUGUUUCAUGUAAAAAAAAAAAAAUGGGGAAAAAAACAGGUAAUAUUUCUUGACCUGAUGGGUUUUAAGAUAACUGUUUUUAUUAAAAUCCAUACACGGACCAA